CAUUCUGGGUCCAACCCAAGAUGGCUGCGCCCUUGCAGAAGUGCUGAAGCAGUGCCUCUCCGGAGAAAUUAUCGGGAUUGUUUGAGAGAUUUCCACGGAAACCGUCGCACCAAACCGCCGAGCAGCGACGCUGGUUUGUAGAAGAAGACCAUACCACCGCAGUCAUCGAUAAGCGCGGCCCGUGCCUCGUGUGGCUGUGGCAGACUGUCCGCGUGAAGAUGGGCCUGGUCUCGAGCCGCUUCCCAUAGCGCCGCGCGGCGCGGAGAGGAGCCGCACGUUCCCCUGCAAACACGCGCCCGUGCAGCUCGGAUUUGACGGGUUUGACAUACUGUACAGGCUGUGGACGCUGCCCUACAACCUCCUGACCAGGAUAGUUUGUGCUACCGUGUCUGUCAUCGUCCGGAGGCGGAGAGCGUCCCCGGCCCGGGCUGACCCCGACACCGCCACCGCUCCGAGGGCCCUGAUGAAAAUGGACUCAGAUUUGCUUCAUUCCCCGGCCGUGGGCCUGGCAGAGGAAGAGGAGGCCGACAUGAAUGACUGGAAACUUCCACUGGCCUUCAUGAAGAAGCGGCACUCAGAGAAGAUUGAGGGCUCCAAGGCCUUAGCGCAGAGCUGGAGGAUGAAAGACAGGAUGAAGACUGUGAGUGUAGCACUGGUGUUGUGUCUCAACGUGGGAGUGGACCCUCCUGAUGUAGUCAAGACCUCUCCCUGUGCCAGACUGGAGUGCUGGAUAGAUCCUCUGUCGAUGAGUCCACAAAAAGCCCUGGAGACCAUUGGGGCCAACCUUCAGAAGCAAUAUGAAAACUGGCAGCCCAGGGCACGUUACAAACAGAGCCUGGACCCCACAGUGGACGAGGUGAAGAAGCUGUGCACGUCACUGAGACGCAACGCCAAAGAGGAGCGAGUCCUCUUCCACUACAAUGGCCACGGGGUGCCACGACCCACUGUCAAUGGAGAGAUCUGGGUUUUUAAUAAGAACUACACCCAGUACAUCCCGCUGUCCAUCUACGACCUGCAGACGUGGAUGGGGAGCCCGUCCAUUUUUGUCUACGACUGCUCCAACGCGGGAAUCAUCGUUAAGUCCUUCAAACAGUUUGCCCUGCAGAGAGAGCAGGAGCUAGAGGUGGCAGCCAUCAACCCCAGCCACCCGCUUGCCCAGAUGCCCCUGCCGCCCUCCAUGAAGAACUGCAUCCAGCUGGCUGCCUGCGAGGCCAGUGAGCUGCUGCCCAUGAACCCCGACCUCCCAGCUGACCUCUUCACCUCCUGCCUCACCACACCCAUCAAGAUCGCCCUCCGGUGGUUUUGUAUGCAGAAGAGUGCCAAGUUGGUGCCAGGGGUGACGUUAGACCUCAUCGAGAAGAUCCCUGGCAGGCUCAACGACAGGCGCACUCCCCUUGGAGAGCUCAACUGGAUCUUCACAGCCAUCACCGACACCAUCGCCUGGAACGUGCUGCCCAGAGAUUUGUUCCAGAAGUUGUUUCGUCAGGACCUGCUGGUGGCCAGCUUGUUCCGCAAUUUCCUGUUAGCAGAGAGGAUAAUGAGGUCAUACAACUGCACACCGGUCAGCAGUCCACGUCUUCCCCCUACAUACAUGCACGCCAUGUGGCAAGCGUGGGACCUGGCUGUGGACAUCUGCCUCUCUCAGUUGCCUACCAUCAUCGAGGAGGGCACCGCCUUCAGACACAGUCCUUUCUUUGCGGAGCAGCUGACAGCAUUUCAAGUGUGGUUGACGAUGGGAGUAGAGAACAGAAAUCCUCCUGAGCAGCUCCCUAUUGUACUGCAGGUCCUCCUGAGUCAGGUGCAUCGGCUGCGGGCUCUAGACCUGCUCGGGCGGUUUCUGGACCUAGGACCCUGGGCUGUCAGUCUGGCCCUCUCUGUAGGGAUCUUCCCCUACGUGUUGAAGCUGCUUCAGAGCUCAGCCAGAGAGCUGCGGCCACUGCUGGUUUUUAUCUGGGCUAAAAUCCUCGCUGUGGACAGUUCAUGUCAAGCUGACUUGGUGAAAGACAACGGUCACAAGUACUUCCUGUCGGUGUUGGCUGACAAUUACAUGCCAGCUGAGCAUCGGACCAUGGCUGUCUUCAUAUUAGCUGUUAUUGUCAACAGCUACAACACAGGACAGGAGGCCUGUCUGCAGGGCAACUUAAUAGCCAACUGUCUGGAGCAGCUGUCAGACCCCCACCCCCUGCUCCGCCAGUGGGUGGCCAUUUGCCUGGGCCGCAUCUGGCAGAACUUCGACCCGGCACGCUGGUGCGGAGUCCGGGACAGUGCCCACGAGAAGCUCUACACCCUGCUGUCAGAUCCCAUCCCCGAGGUGAGAUGUGCAGCUGUCUUUGCUCUGGGAACAUUUGUGGGAAACUCUGCUGAGAGGACGGACCACUCCACCACCAUCGACCACAAUGUAGCCAUGAUGCUUGCCCAGCUCAUCAAUGAUGGCAGUCCUGUGGUCCGCAAGGAGCUGGUGGUAGCACUGAGUCACCUGGUGGUCCAAUAUGAAAGCAACUUCUGUACAGUUGCCCUGCAGUUUAUAGAAGAGGAGAAGAACUACACAGUGCCGUCACCAGCCAACACUGCAGAGCCUGGUAAUCUGACUCCAGUGAGGGACAGCCCGGCAAUCCCACGCCUGCGAUCAGUCAACUCCUACACCAACAUCCGAGCUGCUACCACUGCCCGCAACCUGAACAAGAGCCUGCAGAACCUCAACCUCAACGAAGAGGGUGGACCAGCAGCCUUCUCUCCUGGUAACUUGAGUACCAGCAGCAGUGCCAGCAGCACCCUGGGGAGCCCUGACAAUGACGAGUACAUCCUGUCCUUCGAGACCAUCGACAAAAUGAGACGAGUGUCCUCUUAUUCUUCCCUCAACUCCCUCAUAGGUGUGUCCUUCAACAGUGUUUACACUCAAAUCUGGAGAGUGCUGCUACAUCUUGCUGCAGACCCUUUUCCUGAAGUGUCUGAUCUGGCCAUGAAGGUCCUUAACAGCAUCGCCUACAAGGCAACCAUGAACGCUCGGCCUCAGAGGAUCCUGGACUCUGGAUCUCUCACCCAGUCAGCCCCGGCCAGCCCCACCAGCAAGGGCACGCACAUCCACCAGGCUGGUGGUUCUCCUCCCAUGCCUAGCACCAGCAGCUCCAGCCUGACCAACGAGGUGCCCAAACCCCCAGCCAGAGAGCAGCCGGCUACACGCCCCCCUUACACACCCACAUUGGGAGGACAGGCGCCCCACUCCCACCAGUUCCCUCGCACUCGCAAGAUGUUUGACAAGGGACCUGAGCAGGCAGCUGAGGAUGGGGACGAGCCAGGUGGUCACAGGAACUACAUCAGCGCAGCCCUCCAGACGGGUCUGUGUGAUUGGAGUGCCAAGUAUUUUGCUCAGCCGGUCAUGAAGAUCCCAGAGGAACAUGACCUGGAGAGUCAGGUGAGGAUGGAGCGGCAGUGGAGGUUCCUGAGAAACGCUCGUGUGAGAAGGCACAGCCGGAGCAUCACACAAAGAGGUGUUUCCCGUCUGGAUGAUCAAAUAUUCAUCAACCGCAACCCUGGAGUGCCGUCUGUUGUGAAGUUUCACCCUUUCAACACCUGCAUUGCUGUGGCUGACAAAGACAGCAUCUGUUUUUGGGACUGGGAAAAAGGCGAGAGGCUGGACUACUUCUACAACGGGAACCCUCGCUACACUCGCAUCACAGCCAUGGAGUACCUGAACGGACAUGACUGUUCAUUACUGCUCACUGCAACAGAUGAUGGAGCGUUGCGUAUCUGGAAGAACUUCGCCGACCAGAAGAAUCCGGAGAUGGUGACGGCCUGGCAGGGCCUGUCUGAUAUGCUGCCCACUACCAGAGGUCAGCCCUCCUCCAGCGCUCACAGUCUGGCCAGAAGGGUCUCCAUCUAUCUUGACAGGAGUAAGCAAGGAGGUGCAGGCAUGGUCGUGGACUGGGAGCAGGAGACUGGUCUCCUCAUGACCUCUGGAGAUGUUCGAGUCAUCAGGAUCUGGGACACUGACAGAGAGAUGAAAGUCCAGGACAUCCCAACAGGAGCAGACAGCUGUGUGACCAGCCUGUCCUGUGAUUCCCAGCGUUCGCUCAUCGUUGCCGGUCUGGGUGACGGGUCUGUACGCGUCUUCGACAGGAGAAUGGGUCCCAAUGAAUGUCGGGUGAUGACCUACAGGGAGCACGGAGCCUGGGUAGUGAAAGCUCAUCUACAGAAGGAGACAGAUGGACAUAUUAUCAGCGUCAGCGUUAACGGAGACGUUAGAUUCUUUGAACCACGGACACCUGACUCCAUUAACGUGCUGCAGACGGUGAAGGGGUUAACAGCCCUGGACAUCCACCCACAGGCUAACCUGUUCGCCUGUGGAUCGAUGAACCAGUUCAUAGCAGUCUACAACGCUAACGGCGAUGUGAUCAGCAACAUAAAGUACUAUGAUGGCUUCAUGGGUCAAAGGAUCGGGGCCAUCAGCUGUUUAGCCUUCCAUCCUCACUGGCCCCACCUGGCGGUAGGCAGCAACGACUACUACAUGUCCAUCUAUUCAGCAGAGAAGAGGCUCAGAUAACACACCAGCAUUCAUCAACCCCCCCUCGCCCCCUCUUCCUACCAAAACCACCACAUAUGACUUCUGACCCUGAGCCUCGAGCACCGGGAUGUAAAUGACGUUUUUGUUGUACAUAUGCAAUUACCACCCUGAAUGUUCUAGUGAUGGCUGCUGACAAAAACUCAUGCUACGAACGACUAUAUAUAUUAUUAUUAUUAUUAUUAUUAUUCUCAUUGUUUAUUCAUAUUCUUAUUAUGAAGCUAAUGAUUGUAGACUUGGCUGUGCUGAGGAGUGUGUAUAUUUAAAUAGCAUAUACAGAAGAAGAGAGGUUCUAUUUUAAAGAAGUGGUACCCACCGAUCACUGGGGCUCUUCCUCGCCACGCAGCGAGCUUCACUACCUGAACGAACUGUGACAACCCCCCCAACCAGAUGUGGCGACAGAGGGGUCAUCCAGAGGACAACACACACUGUUAAAACACAUUCACUGGUGCAAGAAAUACGGACUUGCCCUCUGCUGGACCCCAGUGUGUUUAUGAAUUCAUUUUAAAGACUGACUCUCGGUCAAAGGACACACAGUUUUGCUACUCCGCUACACCGCUGGCAAGACGUACCCAGAGAUUGGACUGUGGUCAUUUUUGCCUGACAUGUCAACAAGGCAGACAUGAUGAGUGUUUGUUUGUGCGUGCCUGUGUGUGUGUGUGUUAAAGUGGACUAUAGCACAGAUGAGCCCCACAGUGGGACUUUAUAGCCUUGGACUUAAGUGAUGCCCCAAAAAAUACGCCUGCUACCAUGCUAGGACUCUCCUCCCUGCUUUCUUGACCCCAGCGUGCCAAACAUAAUCAUAUUUUCCAUGAAAGCCCCCUUGUUGUGGCUCAGAGGGGUUUUUUUUGUGGGUUUAUUUGUUUAACUUAUAGCUUAAGGGAAAACCUUCAUUGCCCUAUGGAUGAUACAUACCCUUCUAUCUAGCACAGUGAGAGGAGAAGUAGAGCGGUAAAAGCUAAACUCAACUCCCAUCCAAUCCUACAAGGAGCCUGCAGCACCUGCCUAUCUGCCCUGCAAAGCAAUAAAGACCUCCCAUGAGUUAGCUUCAAGCUCCUCCCCCGACUUUUCAGAUAGAAAAUAGUGUUUCAGAUCGAAGGCAAUAGCAGUAUCAUAUGCCGUUGAGACGGUUGUGAUUGUCCCCCAGCACCCAGAGGUGCCUCACUACAGCAAUACAAACACACCCAUUUCCAUUCACAGCAGUGUAAUUCCUCUGAGUUUCUUUUUGUGUUCUUAGAGUACCAGAUGGGUGCGUGUUUACCCCAUCAGUGCAGCUCACAUCAGUGACAGGAAAUAUAUCAAUUAAAUUGAUCUUCCUGUGAUUGUCUAAACUUUCUGCUAAUCAGAACGUCCAAAUCCUCCCAAUGUGGAAUCAAAAGAGGGUGAGAAAAGCAAUUCAAAUUAUUUGGCCAAUGUGACAUGACGACACUGGUCCCAAAAGCACAUGUUUUGUUUGUUUUUCCCCUUGUGUGCCAGUCAAGUACAGCUCUCCCGUAGCUCACAUCUUUUUCUGGCUCCUGAAUACAUAAAUAGAAGUUGACCCUGAUAGCUUACCUAACCACAGUGAGGCAGCUUUCAUAUGUCUAGACUGUCAAAGGCACCCUUUGAGCACACGGUAUUGUAGAUUUAGAGUACUUUAGGCCAUGUGACUCAUUGCACCAGGGAUCACCUGCCGCCCCACUGUUGGGACUGUUUUUCAUUUUGAUGAAACCUUCUGUAAGGUUUGUUUUUUUCCUGUCUUUGAGUUUUUAUUUUGUUUUUAUUGCCAGAGGUGUUCGGUUUGAUUUUCUUUAACAAAGUUGGAGGCAUAAAGCGUGUUGCAUGUUCAAGGGUGGCAUCAGACCUGUGGCACUCUCUUUAACUCUGUACCUGUACAUGCCCACUGUAUCAGGUUUUAGUCAGUGUCCUAAAUCUCGCUCAGGUACCUCAACCACCUCAAACCACUGUCGAGCAACUGCCAGCCUCCCGGUGUCCGCAGCAUGAUGGACAGGCGAGGUCGGUCACAUGACCUGGCCGAGUGUCACUCCAGAGAUCGUGGUGCAGUUUGGUAAAGAUGCCUGUUUUUGUGCAUUAUCACCAUUGACGUGCCUCUUCUCUGGGGCUGCAGCUUUGCUUAUUUAACCUUUUUUUUUAAAUCAUAACUCUCUUUCUGUUUUGUAAUUUUGUGUUUUUAAUUCUGCUAGCAUUUUGUUUGCUUUGGCCUCAGUGAGAUGAAGGGAAGAGAAUGGGGAUGGCCUUAGUCUCACACACUCAUACACACACACACUUUGCACUGAAGUCUUUCCCGCCACACCCCCUUCUAUCAUGCCCCCUCCUUUCUUUCCUGCCGCGCCCACCUCACCCCUCUGCAUCAGAUGUCCCAAGCUUUGCUUUUCCCCGCAGAAGGAACGGACUUGUGGACUGAAAAUGAACUGGAAACACAUGCCAUGAAGUCCAUAUAAGCGACUACAGUAUCAGUCCCCACUAUCACCCAGUCACUGAGCUGUAGUGCUCUCCGUGGUUUAGCAGGCCUCAACUGCUUCACCGGCUCAGCCAAAAGCAUUGCCCAGAAUCACAUUCAUCUCUAAGUAUCCUGCUUUGAGUUUUAAGAUUUUAGACCUGGAGAAAAAGAAGAGACUUUAACAAAGUAGUAAGAAAGGAAAAAUGAAAACAAUCAGGUUUGUCUCUGUGACUUUAGACUGCUUUGCUGACUGUGGUUUAUAAGACAGGAGAUGAAAUCGAUGAAAUAAACCAAAUACAACACCUGA